UAUAUGUUGAUUUAUGUUAAUAUGACCCGUCUCAUUUAUAAUAUUUUUUUUUUAAUUUUUGGGAGAGUUGUUAUAAAAUACCAACACUUAUUAUAUAAACUAACACAUUACUUAAAUAAUCUCAUUUAUAAUUUUUUUUUUUAAUUUUUGGGAGAGUUCUUAUAAAAUACCAACACUUAUUAUAUAAACUAACACAUUACUUAAAUAAAACCAAUAUUUUUUAAAGCAAUCCCACUUUGAGAUGAAAAGACACCUUGUUUAGAUGAAAAGUUGCAACUUUGACAUUAUUUUUAGUAGAUUAAAGCAAUCCCAUUUUUUCACCAUUUUAUUAUUAGUAGAUUAGUAAAAAUUUGGUUUGAAAAAUGCAUGGGAGAGACUAUUUAUAGAUUUUUUAAAGCCUAUUUGAAUAGUCACAACCCUUCAAUAUGAAUAAUCACAUUCUUCUAAUACUUACAAUUUCUCACUUUUUAAAAGAUAUUAGUGAAUAGUCACAACUUUUAGACUAUUUUUAGAAAGACACAACCUUACAACAUAUAACUUUUAGAAAAGACAUAACCCUCUACACAUAUUUUUCAAAAGACAACCUUUCAACACAAUUGAAGUUCACAACCUUAAGAAUUAAUUGGAAAAUACACAACCUUACAACAUAGAACUUUUAGAAAAGACACAACCCUUUACACUAUUUUUUCAAAAGACACAACCUUUCAACAUAAGUGGAUUCACAACCUUAGAAAUUAAUUGGAAAAGACACAACCUUCCAACAUAAUAUUUUUAGAAAAGACACAACCCUUUACACUUCUUUUUCAAAAGACACAAUUUUUUAACAUAAGUGGAUUCACAGCCUUUGGAAUUAAUUGGGAUUGCUAUUAUUAGUAGAUAUAUUUUCUACAUAACCUACUUCUACCAAUAAAAUAUUACUACAUCUAUAAAUACUACUUCCCAAAUAAAUAAUAUAAUAUGGUCAUUUCAUAAUGACUCAAUGGUCAUUAAUCCCCUCAAUGACUUCCUCAAAAAAAAACCACUUCAUAUUAGUGCUAUCCACACUUUUAUUUAUCCUCCAAACACCAUCAUCUUUAGGAAACCAUUCCUCCUCCGACGGAUUUUUUCCGUGGGCACCUAAACAUGUCGUAAUUAUAAACAAAUUGACCACACAUGCAAGGUUGAUUGUGCAUUGCACGAACAAAAAUAAAGAUCUGGGGAUAAAAGAGCUUGCAUACGGAGCUAGCUUUGACUUCAGAUUUCAUGUCAAUUUUCGCAAAACGACGACGUACACAUGCAGUUUCGAGUGGCCCAAAAACAAGGUAAGAUUUGAUAUUUUCAGCACAUAUAGAGACGACAACGUAUUCAGUAAAGUUGGAGUUUGCAGAGAAUGUAUUUGGUACAUUUAUGAACCAGCCCCUUGUCGUGCUAAACGCGAUGGAGGUGCUUCUAUAUGCUUUGGUUGGGAUUCUUAAAAGCAUGAAAAUAUUUAUUGCAUGGUUUCCUUUUGAUUUAUAGUUGCAAUAAAAUAAGCUGAUCGAUUAAGUGGCUAUUAUUGUUAUUAAAUAUUAUACUUAUGUAGACCUAGUAGAUCAUACUUUUCCAUACAACCAUGGAAUUUUCAAUGUUUUCGCCACGAGUUGGCGUUUAAUUUUCAUGAUGUAGUAAUACCUAUAAUGAAGCUUUCAUAUAAUUACCUCAAAUUAUAAAUAAUACUAGACCUUGAUCUGCGCGCCCGCACGAGUUUUGAAUUUUUUAGUUUUUUUUUAUAAAUAGUGUAAGAAAUUUUGUAAACACAUAAGUUAUUUGAAUAUUUUUAGGUUCCUACGAACCUAUCCGCACCCAGAAGGAUCCGACUCGAAUCCUAUCUGGAAAUUUAUAUUGGAGUUUAGUUUUAAAACUCGAAAAAUUUGUGUUUCCGAAAAAUGAUUUAUAUUCGAAUGGAUACUUGGAUGCUCAUGUUUAACUGAUUCUGUAAACAAAUAAAAAUUAUUUGUUAACUGAUUUGAAUUUUUUUUACGAAUGAAGCAAUUUCAUCCAAAUUUGUAAAAUUAUUAUGGUUAAUACGUAAAAUAAAUGAUAUCAAAUUAUUAUAGUAAGUACAAUUAAUGAAAUAGUUAGGAAAAGUGAAAAAGAAGAUGUAAUAAAACAAUUUAAAAUAGUUAAGUUCUGUUUUAUAUUUUGUAAUAAAUAUUGUCAAAUUAAUUAGAAAAGAUAAUAAAUGCAGUGAUUAAAAUUAGUUUAAAAAUGAAUGAAAAUCUGUAGGAAACCAAUUCAAAAUAGGCAAAUAUUAUUUUGUCACUUACUUUAUUAAUUGUAACUUUGCAACCUAUUACACAAAACGGCAGAACCGGAUAGAAUGUGUACAAAAAGUCUGACAUUAAAUUACGUCGAAAUCAAUGCUAAUUACUUAAUUUUACAUUAAAACAUGACUAUCUCACUAAUAAGCCCAUAUAUAUAUAUAUAAAGAACAAGAAGAAAGAGAAGACUCCAACAACUAGAUGUAGAAUAUAAAACCCUUUUUCUAUUUUUCCAUAUAAUUAUUUUACUCAAUAAAAA